AAGGAAGCGUUAGAUAGGAAUAACAGGUAAUGAAUAAACAAAAUAGUAAAAGAACACAAAAUGCUAUGAUAAGAUCGAAUUAUUAUUAAUAAGCAAUAUGUCAAAAAGGUAUUUGAAGAAUAAACUUUUGACUAAAGAACGCUAUUCGCAAGGAUUAGAAGAUCUCAACGGGAUCGACAAUGGAAUAGAGACGACUGAUGAUGGCGCCGAUGAAGUACGCAAACUUCGGGAAAGUAGGGAAGUUUCCGAUGAUCUUAAAACGUACGUAGAUGUUCUCAAACCAAAUGGAAUGAGCCGAAACGAUGCCAAUCCGGUAGACGAUCCACAAAUCACAAUCACUGCUCAAAAAGUGAACGGGAUAAUCCAUCAUAAUUUAGAUCCCAUUUCCAACAAAGAUGCCGACAAAACGAAUGCCAUAAAUGGUGUGGAGACUAAAGACAUUGAUAUAUGGCCGUCGGAUGAAAAAGCCUCAAAUGAAGCUCCCGUAGUGACGAGUGGGAAGAAAACAGGGGUGACGUUUAUCGAACCUGAGGAAACGGAAGAUGAUGCAUACCAUGUUCCCGAUGGUUGGGGACCGGCUGAGUCCGUCAGUCGGCAAGGGAGCGUUGAUAUUGACGAUACAGACGUUAUUGAAAGCAUGGGAAUCACUGAACAGAGCAGACAG